AUGGUGAACCCAAAGGCCAGUACAAAUGGGUACAGGAAGGUGCAGACAGCAACUCCUCCGCCCGAACCACAACAAAAACAACCACUCGGGAAGCUAGGGAAACCGAGAGUCCCACUGCAUUCAUCGCCGCCAAAGUUCUCGUCGUCCGGAGACGGCUUUAGUCUCGUCAACCUCACUGCUCGGUUAAUCGCGUGGUAUGCGCUCUACACGGUGCUUUUCCGAUGUCCAGCACACCCUACUUCCGACUCGCCAGGCAUCUGUCAUCCCGCGCACACCAUCAAGACUGCGCUGCGGCCGCAUGUUCUGCCGUACUACAAUAGUUACCUGUCGCCGUAUGUGCAGCAGUACUCUCCUUACGUCCAGAAGGCGAACAGGGAGUACAUCAUCCCGGCCUACACCACCGCGUACGUUACUUACAACAAGUACGGUGAGCCAUAUGUGUCUAAGGGCUCCAAGUUUGCAGCGGUGGAAUACGACCAAUACCUGAAACCGCACGUGGAAACGGCCCAGAGCAAGGCUGAGACCUACUACAUCACCUAUGUUUCUCCCCACGCUGAGACAGCUAAUAAGAUCUGGAUCAACGACGUCAAACCUACGGUUGACAUCGCGGAGAAGAAGGUGGAGGUGUUCUGGCACGACCACGCACUGCCCAAUUACAACAAGGUCCAACCAUAUCUGGCCAAGGCCUACGAGCAUGGCAUGUAUGUCAUCACUGUCAUCGUGGCCCCCGUUGUCAAGGAGGGUGGUGAAAAGGCGGUUGGCUGGGGUCGGGGAAUGUGGAGCGAGGUUGUACGGCCGCAGGUCGGAAGGAUUGGAGAAAGGCUGGGAGGAACGAACGGAAGCGGAGUUCCUGCUAGUUCGGUCUCCUCGUCAAUCUUCUCUUCCCUCGCAGCAGCAAGGCCUUCCGGAGAGGCAGCCUCUAUGGCUUCGAUCUCGUCCAUGAUUGCGUCCGUUUCUGCUGCGAAGGCUUCCGAUGCAGCUUCCGGAGUUGCGGAGCCUGCCACCAAGCUUACGAAAGAAGAAGCCAAGGAAAUCAUCAAAAACGACCUCCACACGUACUCGGCAAAGUUCAGCACUUCUUCGCUCAAGACUCUCUCUGAGCUAAAAUCGCAGAUCGAUGAGAUCUCCGAUAAGGCGAUGCACAGCAAGCGUAAAUCUGUUGCCAAGGAUAUUGCAAAGCUGGAGAAACUUGUUGAGAAGGGAACCAGAGAUCUCAAGGCCGAAGUCGUGAUUUUGGCCAGCCGUUUGUCCCCCGAGAGCACCGAGGAGGAGAAGGCUGCUGCCCAGGAGCAACUAUUUGCCGCCACACGACACUUGGGAACUCAGAUUCGCGACAACGCUCAGCUCAUGCGUAAAGACGCCGAAAAGUACCUUGCCAAGGUUUACGACGAUGUCUCGGAAGUUGCGGACCAACAGUUGGAAACCCUUGACGGGAUCAACGACUUUGGUAUGCAGGAACUCGGAAUGAAGUGGGCCUGGAUGGACUGGGUCUCCCACAAGGACUGGGCCAAGUACCACGAACUCAAAAAGGAGAUGAGGGAAUCCCGCACCACCAUCAUCAAAUCCGCCGAGGCCAACGAGAAGCUCCGCGAACUCACGAAAUGGGUCGAAGACGAGUGGGAGGGUAAGGCUACUGAAAUUGCCAAGAAUGCGGCUGAGCAGCUGAAGACAAUCAAGAAGAUCGGAAAGAAGAAGAUUGAACUUGCGGAGGCUUCCGAGGACCUUACCGACGAUCAUAUCCCUGUUGCCGCGAAGAGGGCAGGCCAGCAGGUUCUCAAAAGCGCUGACAAGCUCAAGGCGACUUUCCAGCCCGAAGAGGAGGAAGAAUCAGUCAAAGAUAAGGUUUUGGAUGUGAUCGACGACGCGAAAUCCAAGAUUGAACAAGUUAUUAGCGGAACCCCCAGCCCCACUCCUGUCGGUGAAUCGAUUAUCUCUGCUGCUUCGGAGGCUGUCGAGAAAGCUACAGCUCGUGUCAAAGCGCGUGUUCCUGGCGGCGUGGAGGCUGGCUUUGUCGCUGCGGCGGAAAAGGUUAUCUACGAUGACGACGACUCUUUCAUCGACGAUGUCAAGUCAAGCCUCUCGGAAGCGUCAAAGGCGGUUUCUCAAGCCGUCCAGGAUGCCAUGGAUCGUGCGACAGCCAUCUCGGAACCCUCGGCUGGCGAGAGCAUUCAAUCAAGGGCAAAGGAGCUCCAUGAUUCUGCUCUCUAUGCAGCUUCGAGCAUUCUCUAUGGUACCCCGACUCCUGUGACCGAGGAGAUGUUUUCUAUCGCUACGGACAAGUACUCUGCUGCUGUUGUCGCUGCGUCUUCGAUUCUUUACGGCACCCCGACACCCACCCACGAGGUUCUUUUGGAGCAGGCCAAACUAGCGUACAUUCAAGCAACUGAUGCAGCCAUGGAUUCGUUCCGGUCCGCCAAGAGAAUGGCUGUCACCCAUGUUCAACCAUCAGAACAGCCAAUCAAGGAAUCCAUGUUCUCGGUUGCAUCGGAGAAGUACUCGGCUGCUUUCUCCGCCGCCGGCGCUUCAUACUCUUCGGUUGUUUCCAUGGGAGGAGAGGCAAGGAAAAGCUACGACGCUGCUAUCGCCGACGCCCAGAGCAAGUUGAAUUCGGCGGCAUCUGCUGUCUCAACUAAGGUCUAUGGUACCCCCCAGCCUGCCUCAGAGAGCGUCAUGAGCGUUGCGAAGGAGAAGUACGCCAAGGCCGUUGCCGAAGCACAGAGUACCUACGAUUCGUGGUUCUACGCAGCAUCGAGACAGCUCUAUGGCACUACCACCCCGGUGAUCGAGAGCAUGCUCUCUUCCGCUUCCGCCACGGCCUCUUCCGCCGCGUCGGUCGCCUCCGCAUCAGCCUUCUCCGUCGCUUCUGCCGCCUCAGCUACGGCCUCUUCCGUCGCUUCUGCCGCGUCCAAAGGCGUCGAAGAUACUGUUUCCGCAGUCUCUGUUCGCGCUGAAGGUGCAGUGGCAGCUGCAUCGGGGCAGAUCUACGGCACUCCGGCACCCUCCGGUGUCUCUGCCUCUGUCGCUUCAGUUGCCUCACAAGCCGCAGAAUCCCUCGCCGCCGCCCCAGGACAAGCCCAAGACCUUGCCGCCAUCCGUUACGAAGAACUCCAGAGCAUGCUUAAUGAGCUCAUUCACGGCAAGGAGCCCACCUUCUCCGAGAGCGUGAUGGCACGAUUCUCGUCUGUUUACUAUGGCACUCCAACACCUUUCCUAUCCCAUGCCAGUUCUUUCGCCGCCUCGGCCACCUCCGCUGCCGUUGACGCUGCCGCUUCCGCCACCUCUGCCGCCGCAUCCGCCAAUUCCAUCGUUGCAGAAGUUGCCGUCUCCGCCACAUCCGCCGCCACCCAAGCCGUCGGAAGCAUGCCCCCGGUCAUCGACUCGAUGAUCCAAGACGCUAUUUCGCGCGUCCGCGCAGCUGCCGCCGAGGCCAGCGUAGCCGUGUACGGCAAGGAACCCACAAUACUCGAGAGCUACCAGGCACAGCUUCGGAAACUCGGACAGGAUGCCGUUGACAACGUUUCCGUCGCCGUCUACGGCACGCCCAAGAGCGGCUUCGAGAAGGUGUCCGAAACCGCCGCGAGCUUUGCAAGCCAGGCUUCCGAUUCCGCCGCCAGCAUGGUUUCCCAGGCGUCUGAGAAUGUCGCUAGUGCGUACGAUGAUGCGCGCGAUGCGGCGGCGAGUCUGGGUGUGAAAGUGGGACUGCUCGAUGAGGAGCAGAGCUAUAAGGACGCCCUUCUGGAGAAUGCUAGGAAGCGCAUCGAGAACGCUGUUAAGGCUGCCGAAGAGACGUUGCGCAGUGUCCGCCAGGCGGCUGAGGAGGCGGGCCAGAGAGUGAGGGACGAGUUGUAG